AUAGAUUAGGUAAGUUGCUAGCUAAAAUGUGGAUUAGGUCGCCAAAACUUCCCAAACACAAACCAAAAACACUCACAAAAACCUGUAUUAAAACAUCAUCACAUUCUAAUUCAUAUGCAUCACUGCCUCUGAUCAAUCAAUAAUGCUGUCAAGAAUCAUAUAUUGCAGCGCAGUUGUUUUAGCCACAACUGCAGUCAUACUUCUAGCCUUGUUCUCGCCGCGGCCCCACCGGAGCGGCCGCAUCACUCCCCAGAUGGCCUUAUCUUUCUACAUCCAACAACCCCAGCUGGGCGGCUCCGUGGCGGCGCCGCCCAGCGCAGGGGCGCUGAUCUUCCACCGGUGGCUGACCGAAGGCCCCGAGAACACGUCGCGGGUGGUGGGGAAGGCUCAAGGGUUCAUAAUACCGGUGGAGGGCUUCGCGCACUCGGCUUUCAACAUCAUUUACCUCACGUUUCACACACACGAGCAUUCUGGCAGUGUUAGUGUUGAGGCCAGGAACUUGGCCUUCAAAGAAGAGGAAGAGCUGAGUGUUGUUGGUGGCACUGGCUCUUUUGCCUUUGCUACUGGAAAUGCUGUGUUUGCUCAGAUUGGGAGACAACCAUCUAAUAUGGAAGCAUCCUAUCACAUAAAAUUGCAUUUGGAUUUCCCAGACAAUUUUGGGAUGAGGAUUACAUGAUAUCAAGAACUCAGCACCCUUGCCACACAUGAACCAAACACAGUUUUGUUGGAUGGAAGCUCGAAGCAAAAGGAGGUUGGAUUCAGCUAUGCAAGAUGGAUGAAGAUCUUAAAAGUUUAUUCAGUUUGCAAAAUUAUAUUGUGUGUAAUAUAUAAUGUAGUGGUUGGAUGUAAUAAGUAAUGAAAACAUAUAACACACGACAAAAAAUGAAGAAUUCAUGGCUGAACAAAGGCAUAGUAACAAAAUGAGAAUGACAUCUGUAAUGUUAUUUAUCGACUUAAAUAAAUAAGGAAAUAUUUGCAUCCAAA